AUGGUGACAUCUUUAAUGGAUUCAAGCUCAAGCACCGGGUCCGGCCCCAUCCGCAAGAACAAGGCAAUUGCUAAGCGGGCCUGCGACCAAUGCAAAUUUCGCAAGAUCAAGUGUAGUCUGUCGCAGCCCUGCAAGGCCUGCCAGUCUAUGGGCUUUGAAUGUACAUUUUUUCAACCUCAGAAGAAGCGCGGACCAACGGGCCAUCGCGUAUCCCAAAUUCGCCAGCAGCAAACUCAUCUGGGGGAAGAGGCUCUGCCAAAGCAAAAUGCUUUCCAGUAUCAGAGUCCAACGCCUUCCGUGGAGCCCGGGCAGCCGGGCCCUUUGCCCGCACCGUGGCCCUCGGCGCAUGGCCAAGUCACCAUGCCUCUAGAGGGCGCAGAGGGUGCAACCAGGUUGGCGCCAUCAGCACCUCCAACGUCAAUAGGGACAGCCUGGGGCGCGGAAACCCCCUCCCUGGACUCCCACAGUAACAGCGCAAUGAGCUGGAAUGAACGAAACGACGUCGAGUAUUGGCUUCCAGAUCAUUUGGAUGCCCAAGUCCCCGUAUUUGAAUUCCCAGGAAGCAAUGUCUAUCUUAAGCCAUCUCUUCCAUCCAUCAUCCAGCCCGUGCCUGAUGCGCAGACAAUGGGCAUGCCUCGCCAAGAGGCCCAAACCAUGCCCUUCUCACCGACCGUUGGGUCCAUGCACUCCGAUAACCAGGAAGGUGAGGUUUCCUGGCCGUCAACGAUCAGCGAAGCCAACAUGAUCCCUUGGAUUGACGUGUACUUUGAUCGGUUACACCCAACCAUUCCCGUUCUCAACCGGUCCGGCUUGUACACCUCAAUGCUGACUCAGGAGCACCGCAAGAAUCCCCAGUUUGGAGCGAUGCUCUUGUCACUAUGUGCGUUCUCGCUCACGCAGCCGAUUGAGAUUAAUGAGCAGCCGACGACUUCAUCUCGGGCCCUUCAGGCUCGGGCUAUGAUGCACGAGGCAACCAAGAUGCGGAGCUGUUCUGAUUUUGGCGAGAAUCCCACGAUCGAGGCUGUGCUGACGAGCUUCUUCCUUUUUGGUUGUUUGUUUGGAAGUAAUCAGCAUAAUGCUGCUUGGUUGCGGAUACGGGAAGCUCUUGAUCUGGCUGCCUCACUGGGUUUGAAUGACCCUGAUUCAUAUCAUGAAUUGUCUGGAGAAGAUAAGGGUCAGAGGUUACGAACUUAUCUCGUUCUUUCCAUCACAGAGAGAGCCUAUGCUUUGCAACGGCGGCAUCCCAUUACUUUCUGGGGAAAACCAGGGUUUACCAUGCGUUCAGUGCACGACUUCAUCCACAGUGCAACGCACAGUGUUGUCUCUGGAAUCAUUGUCCACAAUGAGAAAGACGCCGAAGGAAUGAUGGGACUCGCGCGAAUGAUGGAACUAUUCGACGCCAUAGACGAAGAUGUAAUCGACUGCUGGAAUCGACGAUGCGACAUCACCAACGGGUACUGCCGGAGACUAACAGAAGCCAAAGCUUUAUCGAUUCACCAAAAUCUCAGUCGAAUCAAUCAAGCCGAACGAUAUAGAGGCUAUGACUGGUUUGAACGAGCCAAGGGUGGCCGCGGCGAAACCAACAAUGUUCUUCUCGCCAUGGGACUACGCGAAACCCAAGCCGCCGACGUCUUCGUUACCCAAAAAUGGCUUCAGAACCGUGUCUGGCUUCUCUGUUCAACGCAUGGUCUUCUGAGUAUCCACUCGGAACGGCCAGAAAUGACCUUUGGAUAUGCUGUUACUGUUGCCGAGUCAACUCUCCAGCUGUGUCAGUCAUUACGUCUUAGUUCCAUGGAGGCCCAUGGCAUAGGUCUUACCGAAAAACUGUACGAUAUCGCCAUCUGCGCAACAAACAUCCUCUGCAAUACCAGCCCGCCUUACGGUGGCACCGACAUUCCAGUGAACUUCACCGAGAACAUCGCCCCGGCAACAACGUCAACGCCGCAGUCUCUGGCAGAGGACUUCCUGCUACUCAUGACCAGCUUCCGUGGGGGGAACCACCCCUAUCUGGAGAAGUACAGAGCACACCUACGCUCUCUACAAAUCAUGGAAGCUAAGCCCCAGGAGUGGCCUCAGCGGUGA